AUGGGAAAUACCUGCGUGGCGUUCAUGUUCGAUGAGAUUCGCUACGAACUUGACGGCGUGGAGAUUGAUCGCAACAGAAACGUUGGAACGACUUCGACACUCAAAAACUAUACACUGUUAACACUCGAUAGAGGCGUAACCCUGGGUAAUUCCAGUUGGGAUACGUAUUAUAGUGAUAAUGCAGAUGAAUACUUUAAUUUUUGUGUACCGCUCUCCAUGUUACUGAGAUUUUACGAAGAUUACAAACGCGUGGUGAUCAACGCUCGUCAUGAACUGAUUCUGAUACGAUCGCGCAACGAUAACAAUAGUCUGCUGGGAAAUCCCGCGCUGGCGCCUGUGAUCGACAUAUUCAAGAUACAAUGGCGAAUGCCGCACGUGUUAUUGAACGAGAUAAAUAAGUUGUCGAUGCUGCGUGCUUUGGAGAGUGGACGAUACAUCACCAUGGUUUUCCGAUUGUGGGAUCUGUACGAGUAUCCGCUAUUACAGAGCACGACCAAGCAUUCGUGGGCGAUUAAGACCGCGACUCAGCUUGAGAAGCCGCGAUACGUCAUCUUUGCUCUGCAGACAGGUCGGAAGAACGUCAUGUCCGAGGACGUUACCAUAUUCGACGACUGCAAACUAACCAACGUGAAACUGCAUCUCAACUCGGAAUUUUAUUCAUACGACUUGAAUGUGGAUUUCGAGAAGAACAAAAACGCCAUCCUUUACGAUAUGUAUUCACGUUUUCGUAGGGCUUAUUAUAACUGCAAUUGCGCCGAGGCAUACUUGACUCCUCCCAACUUUCUUCUUCGCGGACCUUUUGUGGUUAUCGAUUGUUCGCGACAGAACGAGUCUGUCAAGAGUGCCACCGUGGAUGUGCGAUUGGAAUUUGAGGGCAAGGAGAAUGUACCGCCAAAUACAACGGCCUACUGUCUCAUCAUACACGAUCGCGUGGUCGAAUACAGUCCGUUGACCAACGUUGUACGCAGAGUCACCUAA